GUGCUGCAUUUUUAAUCAAAUAAAUGUAGCCUUGGUAAGUAUAAGUGACGUCUUAAAAAAAGAAAAUUGGUAACGCUUUAGAAUAGGUAGCACUUGUUCGAUAUUAACUACGACUUUCCCCUCUAUAAAUUCUUAAUUUAUUGUUAAUUAAUAGUUAGUAAGGUAUUGUUAAAUUUAGGUAUUGGGUGGGAUUAGGGAUGUAGAAUAUGUUCAUGUAGAAUAAGGCAUUAAUAUAUGCUUAAUUACUACUUAUGGCUAAUAUUCUAUUAAUAUGCAUACUUAUAUGCAGCUAUGUGUAACCGUAAAAUAAAGUGUUACUAAACAAAGGCUGUUCUAUUCACUACCUAAUGAAUAUUUUAAGGUAACUUUGGUGUACUGAAUAAAGAGCUAAGGAUGUGUUCUGAAAAUUGAUUUUUUUUUUUUUUUUUUUGGAGAGUGAGAGAGGCAGGUGGAAAACAUAUUGGGGAGGUCACUUUUGACAGACCAGCUGACCUGCUGCACUUUCUUCUCAUUACUCCACAUAUCUUCAUAGGACACCAAUGUCCUCUUACUUAUAUUGGCUCUAUCAGAGAGAACAAUUGAUUAGAUGCAGGACAACACAUUUGUUGAGUUUUUUUUUCUGUUUUUACAACAGAGAGGUAUGGCUUAUUAUUAUUCUACAAAAGAACUGAAAUUAGAAACUUUCCAGCCUGAAGUCUGAUCAGUGAUCAAUGCCACCCUGCCCUUUAAAAUAAAAACACUUUGAGUUUGCUGUUGAUAAUUGACUAAUGUGAACUGUGCCCUAUACAAAAGAGAUCUCAGAAGAUCCAGAAUGACUUACACAAGGCUUAAAAGAUUUACAAAAGUAUCUCUCUGACAACCUUGAGAUUUAUCGACCCACUUUAAAACUAACUGUGUAUAAAUUACACGGCGAGCAAGCUGAAUAAACUCAGCUAGCACAGUAGUUACUCUGCGCUCUAACUCUGUGGGGCUUUGUGUUUGGGGAUGUUUUGAAUGGGAUUCUGACCAGAGGAGACUUGUGUGGGGCUUGCGUUGCGCUCGUUUGAGGCUUAUUUACAGCCUGCUUUUGCUUACCGUCAGCGUCUUGGCUUGCUUGCAUCUAAAGCAUGUUGAAUGGGGCGUAAAUCAAUAAACAGCAGUUACUGCAAUGAUCGUUAUUACAAAUAUCACGCUGCUCUCUACAGUUACUUAUGGAAAGAACAUUGCGUAUUAUAGAGUGUAACAAUGCCCACCCCCUUAUCCAGCAGCGCUGGCUCCUGAAUUAUUUUUUUUUUUUUACAAGGUACAAGAGUGAGAAUUUAAAGGAAUAGUUUUAAUAAAUUAAUAGAAUAAAUGUAAAUUCUGUCAUCAUUUACUCACCCUCAAGUAUUUCAAACCUGUAUCUGUUUUGGUCACUAUUGACUUUCAUAGUAGGAAAAAAAAAAUACUAUAGAAGCCAAUGGUGACCCAAAACAGCCUGGUUACAAACUUUCAUGACAUGGAUAUGACAUAGGCUUUACAAGGAGAAGGUGACUUAUCAGGACAUUACUUCAUGUCCCCACUUUUCAAAACGAGAAGGCCUUUUGAAAAACUAAAAAUAGUUUAGCGUUAAAGAUCAAUUUCCCUAUAAAAAAAAAUAAAUGGCAUUUUUACUUCCAGAGUCUGACUCUAUUAUUCUUCGUAAUAUUCAGUUGGAAUGGUUGAUAAUUUCUGAGCUAGACUAUGCAAUGCUAAGACUGUGUGUGGAUAUUUAAGAGAGCCCUUGCUGCAAAAGCAAAUACCUUUACCACAAGACAGACAGAACAAAUUGAACAGAGACAGAGAGACGGGUAUGUUGAGAGAGUGAAAUCUUCACACCUUCACGUUAGCCACUUUGUUGCGUGCGUGUGUGUGUGUGUGUGUGCGCGUAUGAGGACACCAUUACCGACAAUGUUCUCGGUUGAAUGGCAGUAAGCCAAUUCAGAUGGAUCGGAUGAAUACCACAAGGCAAAAAAGUACACUUGAAUUCAAAUCUAAUAAUGGCAAGAUUAGCAUUUCAAGCUGGUCUAUAUUAAUUAUAAUUGGGUUAUAUUAAGAACAAGUGUGAAAGGGAAGUCCCCACACUGAUUGUGUGUGUGUGUAUGUGAGUAUGUUCACUCCUGUCCUUUCUCACCGUCCGGAAAGGAACAGUCGUGCCCACCUCUUCCCUUUGUUCUCUCACAAAAAUAUCCAAACACACACACACACACUUACACAAACCAUCAACAGGUGCCUGCCAGGGCUGCCACAGAGUCCAUGCAUUCCUUUCUCCCUCCCAUAAUUCUCUUUCCUCCCAACCAAUCACAGACCUGCUUUUCACAAGUCAGGUUGCAGGGAGGAGAAAAGUGAUGAGCUGACCAUGUCAGGGUUUGGUAGGAAAGGUUUGGCACAAUCACUCUGGGCUGUUGGUUAGAGAGAGGACACAGUCUGUGGGAUAUGCGAGUUAGUUUGAGUGCAUGUGAGAGCUUGUUAAGGUGUGUUUUUACGUGGUGCCGGCUGGUGCCAAACUCUGGAUAUACAGACCGUGCUUAAAAUGAAGACUCUGUUUGGGGUACUGUGGUGCUGCUGGCUUGUAACUUUCACAGUGGCAUCCGAGGCUGAACGCAGGCUACUGGAGGAUUUGUUUCAGGAUUACAACCUGAAGGUGCGUCCAGCGCGUACCUGGAAUGAGCGAGUGAUGGUCCGAGUGGGAAUGACUUUAGUGCAGCUCAUCAGCUUGAAUGAGAAGAAUGGAGAGAUGACAACAAACGUGUUCAUGAAUAUGGAAUGGACAGAUUACAGGUUAUCUUGGAAUCCUGAGGACUAUGAUAAUAUCGAUGUUGUGCGGAUUCCUCCAUUAAAAGUGUGGCGUCCGGACAUCUACCUAAUCAACAAUAACGAUGGUCAGUUUGAUGUUGCCCUGUAUGUAAACGUGCUAGUGAGAAACGAUGGAACCGUCUCCUGGUAUCCACCAGCCAUCUACCGCAGCUCCUGCUCCAUAGAGGUGGCAUACUUUCCAUUUGACUGGCAAAACUGCACAAUGGUGUUUCGUUCCUACACAUAUGAUUCCUCAGAAGUGGACCUUCAGUACAGUCUGGAUGAAGAAGGCAGUGAGCUCCAUGAGAUAGUGAUUGAUGAGAAUGCAUUCACUGAGAAUGGUGAGUGGCAGAUUUGUCACAAGCCCAGCAGAAAGAACAUUCACGAUGACUUGUACGAGGACAUCACCUUCUACCUGAUCAUUGAGAGGAAGCCUUUGUUCUACAUCAUUAACAUCAUCGUGCCCUGCAUCCUCACCAGCGUGCUGGCCAUAUUUGUCUUCUAUCUGCCACCUGGCGCAGGUGAGAAGAUGACUCUGUCCAUCUCAGUCCUCAUUGCUCUCACUGUUUUCAUGCUGUUGUUGGCUGACAAAGUCCCAGAAACAUCACUUGGCAUUCCUAUCAUCGUUAACUACGUCAUGUUCACCAUGAUCCUGGUGACGUUCUCUGUCAUCCUUAGUGUGGUGGUCCUGAACCUUCACCACAGGACUCCCAGCACACACCACAUGCCCUCAUGGGUGCGAAAGGUUUUCAUCAACUUACUGCCCCGUUACUUGGGUGUGCUGAGGCCCCAAAUUGAGGAACCAGUGGAGGACGAGCCGAAAGAAAGCAUCCCACUGGGUUGUCUGGACAAAGGUCUAAAACCUGGAGGUGAAUAUUUUAUCCGAAAGAUCAACCCAGAGCUGGUAUUGCCUUGGAGAGGAAGUCAUAACGAGAGCACCGUGAAGUUGCAGAGGUUUUCAAACAGUGACAACUAUUGUCUGAUUCUGCCUCCGAAUCUCAAAUCUGCAAUCGCCGCCAUCACGUACAUGUCUGAACAAUUGAAGAAGCAGGACGUGGACGAUACUAUGACAGAUGACUGGCAGUACAUUGCUGUGGUUUUGGAUCGGCUCUUCCUUUGGCUCUUUGUCAUCAUUACCACCCUGGGCACACUGGCCAUGUUUCUGGAUGCCAGUUUCAACUACACUCCUGACCAACCUUUUCCAUGAGCACAUCCCUUAAACGACAAGCUGACAGCUCCUGAACACAAGAUAUAGCAAGACUGUAGUUUGUGUGGACUGACUCUAGGGGGCACCAAAAUCAUAUUUAUUUGCCUUUCUUUCUUUCUUUCUUUCUUUCUUUCUAUUUCUAAAUCAAUGUUUCCAUUAAAAUAUAUUGUUGAUAUGUUACCAUAACAAUAUAUUUGUUAUUUUCAAGUUCUUUUAAUUCAUCCACCAUGCUUAUACCCGUACAUUUACUCUUUGUCACUUACUACAUACUGUAUUAAGUCAA